AUGGCCGGUGGCGGAGGUGGCGGAGGCGGCGGUGGUCCGGGGCUUGCCGGUGUUAUUCAUGACCCACAUUCCAUAGCAAGCUAUUCCCGCCUCCUUUUAUCCGAUGAUGUAUCGGAAGAACAUCUUGAUGCCGAAACUUGCUUCAAUUUUACCGCUCCUUCUCUUUCAUCUGAUGAUCAGAAUAGCUCUGUUUCUUCCAAAAUGCUCUGUUUUGGCGUUGAUCCUUUCAAUGGCCAAGGAUGUGAUUCCUUCUUUGAUGAAAUUACUACCAAAAUAGCUAUAGCCCACAAACCACCCGCCGGAAUAACAUGCAGCGAUUCUUCUUCCUCCGCCGCUUCAACCACUAGUCAAACUCAAACCCCCAGCAGCUUGACCAUCCCCACCGCCAACGUCAGCACUUUGACAAAGUCAAAUAAGAAGAAAAAUGGGUCAGGGUCCGCUGGGUUGGUCAAUAAUAGUUGCCCCGUUGUUGGACCGGCCGGUGGGAACUCAGGCGUACAGAAUGGAGCUCCGGCGGCGGCGGCGGGAAAGAAGAGGAAUUGCAAGAGGGCUAAAUCAUCUACGGAUGACUCUAUUAAUCAGAAUCAGACCAUCAAACCCCAACAUGCAAAGGCUAAAAAGGAGAAACUCGGAGAAAGAGUCAUAGCGCUGCAACAACUUGUUUCACCUUUUGGAAAGACCGAUACGGCAUCGGUGUUGCAUGAAGCAAUGGGAUACAUCAAAUUUCUGCAGGAUCAGGUUCAGGUCUUGUGUUCCCCUUACCUACAAUGUUCUUCAAAUUCCGACCACUUGAAUGAGAAAGGGGAAGACGGGGGAAAAGGUGGAACAGACAUUGGUAAGGAUCUAAGAAACAGGGGACUAUGUUUAGUUCCCAUGGAGCUUACUUUACAUGUGACUGAGGCUAAUGGAGCUGAUUUUUGGUCUCGUGCUACGCUCAACAAGUUUUCAUCCUCAACAAAUCAAUGA